UCUGGCGUGCAAAGCAGAAACAGAGGCGCUUCUAUGAUUUUUCAUCUUCGUCUUGUGGUGUCUAAGCUUAUUUUCGCGUGCACGGCUAACAUUUAGGAUUGAAAUACUAUUCCGAGUUCAUAUUCGGAUGACGUACUUUUGACAUUGCCAUGGAGCAGAAUGCAAGGGCUACCUUGAAAUGAUAAACUUAGGCUUUUGAUGAUACUCUGAUGUACAUGUUUACCAUAAUCAUGGCUUUCCCCCGGCUUUUGGGACAACUUCCUUUGCUCCUUGUUCAAACUUCGUCAACAAUUAUCCAAAGGAAUUUUAGUGUCUCCACCGCUGCAGCUGCAGUUCAGAAAAUGACGAGGGUGCGCGUGGUGGACAACAGCUCUCUCGGAAAUACGCCGUAUCACCGCCCGCCGAGAGUGAUCCACGUCUACACCAAGAACGGUGUCGGCAAAGUUGGCGACAAAGUGCUGCUGGCCAUCAAAGGGCAGAAGAAGAAGGCGCUCAUCGUUGGACACAAAAUGCCCGGAGAGCGGAUGACCCCGCGCUUUGAUUCAAACAAUGUUGUUCUGAUUGAGGACAACGGUAACCCGACUGGAACGAGGAUCAAGGUCCCUGUACCAACAAGUCUGCGUGAAAUGAAAGGAGAUUACUCUAAAGUUCUGGCAAUUGCAAACACGUUUGUCUAAUUUCAUCAUCUUGAAUAUGUUAACAUUCUUUUCAUAAAUUGAAAAAUAUUCAUUUGCAGGGUUUAAUUGUGUUUUGUUGCCCCUUAUCAAAUAUUAAAGUAUUCUUUUUACA